AUGGCAGAAAAUCAUUACCAAUUCAACGUUGUUAUGACUUGCUCUGGUUGCUCCAAUGCAAUAAAUAGAGUGUUGACUAAGUUGGAACCAGAAGUAUCCAAGAUAGACAUAUCUUUAGAAGAUCAAACAGUAGAUGUUACGACAAGUUUGCCCUAUGAAACUAUAUUAGAAAAGAUUUCCAAGACUGGGAAAGAAGUUAAAUCUUGGAAGGUACUAUAG